GGGAGCCGCCGCUGUCGCCGCCUGAAACCCCGCCGUCUCUCCAGCUACCGCCCAGCCCGCCUCGGAGCCGCCCGCCCGCUCGGGCCGUCGGCGCCCGCCCGCGCCUCGCGCGCCCCGCUGCAGCCGGCGCCCGCCCUCCCGCGCCGCGCGCAAACUUCUCUGGGCCGGCGGGCGCGGGCGGCGGCGGCGGGGCCCGGAUGGGCGCCCGGGCCAGCGGCGGCGGCGCCCAUGGACGCUAACCGCCCGGGCGCGUUUGUGCUGAGCAGCGCGCCGCUGGCUGCGCUGCACAACAUGGCCGAAAUGAAGACGUCGCUGUUCCCGUACGCGCUGCAGGGCCCGGCUGGCUUCAAGGCGCCGGCACUGGGAGGCCUCGGCACGCAGUUGCCGCUCGGCACCCCGCACGGCAUCAGCGACAUUCUGGGGCGGCCGGUGGGCGCGGCGGGCGGCGGGCUCCUGGGCGGUCUGCCCCGCCUCAACGGGCUUGCCUCGUCGGCCGGCGUCUACUUUGGGCCGGCAGCUGCGGUGGCGCGGGGCUACCCCAAGCCGCUGGCCGAGCUGCCUGGGCGCCCGCCCAUUUUCUGGCCUGGCGUGGUGCAGGGCUCGCCCUGGAGGGACCCGCGCCUGGCCGGCUCGGCCCAGGCCGGCGGGGUGCUGGACAAGGACGGCAAGAAGAAGCACUCGAGGCCGACCUUCUCCGGCCAGCAGAUCUUCGCGCUGGAGAAGACCUUCGAGCAGACUAAGUACCUGGCGGGCCCAGAGCGCGCGCGGCUCGCCUACUCCCUGGGCAUGACCGAGAGCCAGGUGAAGGUGUGGUUUCAGAACCGCAGGACCAAGUGGCGCAAGCGGCACGCGGCAGAGAUGGCGUCGGCCAAGAAGAAGCAGGACUCAGACGCCGAGAAGCUGAAGGUGGGCGGCUCGGACGCGGAGGACGACGACGAGUACAACCGGCCCCUGGACCCCAACUCCGACGAUGAGAAGAUCACGCGGCUGCUCAAGAAGCACAAACCCUCGAACUUGGCGCUGGUCAGCCCGUGCGGCGGCGCGGGGGACGCCUUGUGAGGACGCGGCCGGGCCGAAGGACCAAGGAGCAGGGCGCCCGGCGCCCCAAACGCCCGCCGCCCGCGCCGCAGCUUGUAUAUAUAUUUUUACAGAAUAAGUUAUAAAGCGGCCCGGCUCCGACUCGGCGUGCGGGGCCCGGCGGCGUCCAUUGGCGUGGGCGCGGGGUUCGGGCGAUCACUUUGUAUAAUCAAUAAAUUAUUUAACACGUCCGGGUUGGAGCCGCGGCUCCUGAGGCUGCACCGCGUGUUUCUUCCGUACCGAGCGCGGCGCCAGCGGGCGGGCAGCAAGGACCUGCGGGCCGCGGACUGUCGGUCCUCCCCGCGAGGCUCGGGGCCUGGCACAGGCGGGCACGGCGGCGCGCGAGAGCGCCCGGCGGCGGCAGCUCGCGGGAACGUGGAGACAGCAAGAACGGGCGGGCACUCGGCCGCGCACCCUCGGGUGGCUGGCAGGAAGGAAGGAGCCGCAGCAGAGGCCUCAGU